UCUCUCGGCUGGAGGAAUCAGGACUGCCGUGUCGGUGCCAAGGAGGAGUAGGCGUAGACUUCCUUUUAACAUUUUUUCUUCGCUUUCAAACAAACCUAGUUUGGCGCAAGCUUUGCUGUUAGAUUUUUCGUUGUUCUGUGUUCCUGUUUUUGCCUUUAAUAGCAGCAGCAAAUUUCUCCUUUUUUUUAAAUUCUGAGACAUCUCGGCUUCUGCAGACAUGGACUGGGGAACAGAUCUUUGGGACCAGAAUGAUGUCAUCGACAAACACACUCAGUCUGGCCUUGACCUGCUGGAGCGUUACAUAAAGUUUGUAAAGGAGCGGACGGAGAUAGAACAGAGCUACGCCAAGCAGCUCAGGAAUUUGACAAAGAAGUACUCCAAACGAGGAAGCAAAGAGGAGCAGGAGUGCAAGUUCAGCAAUCACGCAUCUUUCCAGGAGAUCCUCAAUGAGCUGGGUGACUAUGCAGGCCAACGGGAGCUUGUUGCUGAGAACAUGACGGCCAACAUCUGUGAUAAGCUUACCAAAUAUCUCCAGGACCUCAAACAGGAACGUAAAACACACCUUUCUGAUGUCAAGAAGGCCCAGCAGAAUCUGGAGAGCAGCUUUAAACACCUAGAAAGUAUUAAAAAGCGCUUUGCCAAGGAGUGGGCGGAGGCUGACAAAGCCACACAGCAGGCAGAAAAGACAGAGAGCGACACUAAUGCCACCAAAGUUGAAGUUGACAAAGUCAAGACCCAUGCUCUUGCUCGUAUGCGUGUAGCAGAAGAAUGCAGGAACAACUAUGCAGCAGAACUCCAGAAAUACAACAAAGAACAAAAGUACUUCUACUACACAGAGAUACCACAGAUCUACAACAAACUCCAAGUCAUGGACGAGCGGAGGAUCCAGCAGCUGGCCGAGGGUUACUGCCUGUUUUCACACAUCGAAAAGGACGUCCUGCCAAUCAUCUCCAAGUGUCUGGAGGGAAUUGCUGCUGCAGGAACAAAAAUUGAUCACAAAAAGGACUCAAAACUUUUAAUAGAGCAACACAAGUCUGGCUUUGACAGACCCACCGAUGUGGAGUUUGAGGACUACUCCCAGGGCAUGAAACCGUCAAACUCAGAAUCUACCCUCAACCCUCUGAAAGGACGCAAGCACAAGAUCUUCAAGAAGCACAAGUCUCCUCCUGCAGAGGAUUUCUCCCACCUCCCUCCAGAACAGAGGAAGAAGAAGCUGCAGGCAAAGAUUGAUGACAUCACCAAAGAACUGACCAAGGAACAGGACUCAGGCGAGGCUCUGGAGAAGAUGAGGGGUGUGUAUGAGCAGAAUCCACAGAUGGGCGACCCCUCCAGUCUGGAGCCCCAAAUCACACAGACAAGUCAGAACAUCGGCCGCCUGAGGGGGGAAAUGGCUAAAUAUGAGAUGUGGUUAUCAGAGGCAGUGGGUGGAGAAGACGCCUCACACAAUACCACCAACAAUAACAGUCAGUCUGGCAUAACAGCCACACAGAACUCAUUAUCCAACGUCUACGCAGAGUUUGAUGACGAGUUUGAUGACAUCGAAAGUCCCGUUGGUCAAUGCACUGCUCUCUACACCUUCGCAGGCAACAGCGAGGGCACCAUUUCUAUUACUGAAGGGGAGCUGCUGAGUGUCAUGGAGGAGGAUAAAGGAGAUGGAUGGAUGAGAGUCCUCAGAGCCAGUGGACAGGAGGGCUACAUACCAACAUCAUAUGUCAGACUCACACCUUAGUUUCCAUCCCAAAGUUUUUUCUGGAAGGUCAAAGAUCCAGUGGUGAACACAAAGACAUGGGAGAUGAUUGCAGCUGCUCUCAACUUGUGUUUCAUUGCUUCCAGAGAUGGUUACAGUGAAACGAAUAUGAGUCUGUAUUAUUCACUUAUAGUGCAGUAUAGUACACUCCAGAUCUCUUCUGUAUGUUUCAUCAAAUGCUGCCUCAAUAUGCAGAUUGAGGCAGCAUGGUGCCUGGGGUGGUCCUUAUCAAUUUAAGUGCAUUUAAAACUUAGAAACGACAGAUCUUGUGAAUGUUCCCUUUAAUUUGUGUCACACUGAUGGUGUAAGAGCUGUUAUAUAGAACCUUAUUAAAGUAUUCAUUCCAUUUGAAUUUUCCAUUUUUUAAAACCACAAACCUCAUGUGUUGAAGCGGCCCAGUCAAAGUCCCCACUUGAAACAAACCGAAAAUCUGGCAAACUUAAAACUUGACAUUUACAUAUAUGCUCCUUUCAAUGUAACUGAAAACUUGUUUGCAAAGAAAAAUUAACAAAAAAAUUAAAGUGCAAAGCUGGCAAAGACACACCUCUUUAGACCACAGGCUGUAAUGGUAGGUGGUUCUAUAUUACCUCAGGGUGUGGAACACAAAUGCAUGCUUACACACAAAAACACUGUUCUUAAACUUUACAGUAAAAUACAGCUAUGUAUUGUAUCAGAUAAAACACCAAUAAAAGACUCAAGUUAGAGGUUCUAAUUGUACAAAAGGUGGAGAAGUUAAAGGAUAUGGGUAUUUUUUUACUGACCAGCAGUAUAGUGUUGUAUUUGUUUAGAGCAGUACUUGUACAGGAUAUCUUCCUUAUUUACUUAGUCAAUGUCAGUUGCAAUAACCUCCUGAACUUUAUUUCUUUAUUUUAUUACAUUUUCUGCUGAAACCAGUUUCCUGACACAAUAAUGUGAGAAUCUGUCCUCAAAUGUGCUUUUGUCUUUUAACUUGAUGAUAACCACUAACCUGGCAGGAGUGAAUAAAAUAAAUUUCUCUUUAACAGCAA